UUAUUGCCAUUAUCGCUUUGUGUAGCUCUCACCUUCAACAACAUACAAUAACUAUGCAGGGGAUUAUUAUUUAGACUCUUGUAUUUAAUGUAAUAUAAAUAAACUGCCAUUCAACGUAACAUAAAAACGUCACCGACGCUAGGGAACGACACGCAAUUGUCUGCUUGUUCUAAUCGGCCUUAAUCGAAGUAACGAUGCAAGAGGGAUUUAUUUAUGGAUUACAAAUUACAUUAAGAAAUGAUUAUUGGUUUCCCACGUUGACUCAUCCAUCUAUCCAAGUCAGAGUUGCACCAUGCCGUCACCUGUGUCUGUCAUCGUGGUGGGAGCGGGAUGCCGCGGCGAGACGUACUCACAGUUUGCACGCAUUUACCCUGACCGAAUGAAGGUGGUCGGAGUAGCUGAUCCUAGACAAUAUGCUUGCAAGAAACUUCAAGAACAGCACAAUAUAGCGGAAAAAAAUAUAUUUGAAGACUGGCAUGGGAUAUUGGAGCGAGAGAAGUUUGCUGAUUGUGUUCUCGUUUGCACCCCUGACCGUCUUCAUAAGGAGCCUGCCGUUGCCUUCGCCAGACAGGGGUACCAUCUCCUAUUGGAGAAGCCAAUGGCAACCACAGUGGAGGACUGCACAGAGAUAGUGGCAGCAUGCACUGAGUCUGGCGUGAUGCUAACAGUGUGCCACGUCCUUCGAUACGAGCCCAUCAUCCACAAGAUCAAGGAGCUGAUUGAUUUUGGAGCAAUUGGGGACGUGGUCCAUAUUCAGCACUUGGAACCGGUUGGGUGGUACCACUUUGCCCAUUCGUUUGUGCGAGGGAACUGGAGGAAUGAAGCAGAGAGCUCCUUUGCUCUGUUGGCCAAGUCGUGUCACGACAUUGACCUGAUACAUCACUGGGCCGGAGGCCGACGGUGUCUUAAAGUGUCAUCAUUUGGAGCACUGAGCCAUUUUCGAAAAGAAAGUAAGCCAGCUGGUGCUACAAAUCGCUGCCUAGACUGUCCAGUAGAGGGCGACUGUGCAUACUCAUCCAAGAAGAUAUACCUGGAUGGCGUAAAACAAGGUAACGUCGGCUGGCCUGUUUCUGUUAUCUGUCCUACGUCGCUGCCAGACAUUGAGUCGGUGACCGAGGCUCUGAGGACCGGACCCUACGGCCGCUGUGUUUAUGACUGCGACAACGACGUCUGCACCAAUCAGGUGGUCAACAUGGAGUUUGAAGGCGGUCUCACUGCAGCCUUUAGCAUGGUGGCCUUCACCGAGUCCAUCUGUCAACGCAAAACGACCAUCUAUGGCAGCAAGGGGGAGCUGUCCUGCGAUGGCCAUGAGAUUCGCGUGUUUGACUUUGUGAACCGGAGAAUGACCAAGCACACGGCCCCCAACCAGACCCCUGAGGGCUUUAGUAUGACCGGCCACGGAGCAGCCGACUUCAAACUGAUGGAGGCUUUCAUUUCAGCCGUGGCAAACAACGACCCGUCCUUGAUCCGCUCGGGCCCAGAGGAGACCCUGCGCAGCCACCGGUUGGUGUUCGAGGCCGAACGAUCCAGACGAGAGAGCAGGGUGGUGGACUGCAGUGCCAUCGACCACCACCAGGUGUCGGCAUAAAGCCUCGACCAGCCAAUCAAACGCAUUAACAACGUAACCAUUAAAGGUACUAUGUGAAUGAGAAAUGUCUUCUCAAUACUGGCCGCUUUGGCCAGUAAGUCUACUGCAGCCUGCAUUCAGAGCACUGGGUUUUAUGAAUGUAAAAUCACAGUUAAUAUAACACAUUCACAGGUGUUUAAUGUAAUGAUUCAAUUGCUUUUAUUGAUUAAAGCGUCUAUUGGGUUGCUGCUUGUAAAUGA